AUGGACUUUGCUCGGCGGGAUGCCGGGGCGGAGACGCCCGAUAUAAUGAACGACCCGGCAUUCGAAACAAACACUCGUGGGCAUCGACGGAGCAUUGAUGAUCCAGACACGUGCCGGAUAUGUAGAGGUGAAGGGACAGAGGACGAACCUCUUUUCUACCCUUGCCGAUGCAGCGGGAGCAUCAAAUACGUGCAUCAAGAGUGCUUAAUGGAAUGGCUUUCACAUUCACAGAAAAAGUACUGCGAGCUUUGCAAAACACCUUUUAGGUUUACCAAACUCUACCAUCCUCAGAUGCCUCAGGGUCUGCCCACGACUGUGUUUAUUAAGCAAGCAAUAUUCGACUGCUUCAGAACGCUUCUGAUCUGGUCUCGAUAUUUCCUCGUCGGGUUUGUCUGGCUCUUUUGGUUGCCAUGGACAAUGCGUACGGUAUGGAGGGGCUUGUUCUGGCUUGGGGACGGUGGAUGGACGCUUUGGCAACCUCAGACUAGCAACCCUAUAACGGCAAAGCAAGCUGUGGAAAUCUCAAGGCAACACCUUGCCGAGGCUCUCGCUGCCAGGGGCCAGACCUCCUUGACACAGGAUGGAUAUAGUACACCGUUCCCAUCUUCCACCCUGAGCGCAGCGAACGCGCUCCCUUCUAUCCUGGAUCCGAUCUCGGUCUCUCUUAAUAUGAGUGCAAAGGAAACAACCUUCUUCUCACUUGUCAGGAGAUUCUUUCUGGAUUUUACGUUUGACGGUUCGAAGCAGUCGCCGUUCGCAGGACUGAACUCAUCGUCAUUGAACGUCAGUGCGGGCUUAGAAACACCCCUACAGAAGCAGUCGCUCCUUUCCGAGGUACAAUUUUUGCAGAACUUGACGCGAUUUCCCGCUCUUAACCGGCUAGCCAUCAGAAUCCUCGAAGGUCAGAUUAUAACGGUCUUUGUGGUGGCAACCUUCAUUUUGAUCUUCCUGAUCCGGGAAUGGGUUGUUCAGCAACAGCCUGCCUUGAAUCUCGAUGUGCCUCUUAAUGUUGAUGUGGUUGUUCCUCCGGGUGAUGCGGAAGGGGACGAUGAGGCAGGGGCUGGCAUAGAGGGUGACAUACGCCGGCAUCAGGCUGCGCUGCAGCAGGCACAACAAAUUCUCGAGCGUCUCCGUCAGAAUGAUGACCUCGCCGCUGGCGAUUUGCCGGAAAAUGCUCCAUUACAAGAUGUUGUAGAAGAGGCAUCCUCAAACCCUUCAAUAGAUGGACCUCAGCGACGCGACGGUCUAGAUUCGGACGAAGUGCUCCCAGCACGCCAACCACAAUCUCGACAUGCCAACCUGGAGUCUGAUACUGACUGGCAAGCGAGACUUGAGCAGUCAUUAGGAGAAUCUCUCCAUUUAUAUCGCACGGACAGUGCUUCUAACGGAGGCCCACUGUCAAGGCAACGGCCAGGCAUGCCUACUCGAAACGCGCUUUCCAGAGCAACCGAGAUACAGCGAACUAUCGAGGAACGCAACCGCUUCGCCAACACACCCGAGAUGGAGCGCUCCGGGCUGAGGGUCUUCUUGGAUGUCUGGCGACGUGCCGAAGGCGAUCCAGAGGAGUUGUUGAGAAUCCUCGAAGACACCGACGACGCUUCGUUAGGUUGGGUAAGUGAGACGAUGCGGCAACUGCGAGACUCGGAUACCCCUCUGGAUGAAUCAUUCAAAGAUAAACUUUGGGAAUUUUUGGAUGAUUUCGCCAAUGGUAAGCACCGUCGGCAGGCCGAAAACGAAGCGACCGCGGAUGAGACCCAGGACGAGGCCCCGGAUAACCAUGACAACAAUGACACAUUUGGUUCUCUUCUAGAAAACGAAUCAGCUGAGGCUCCAAAUGAGGUAUCAGACGCUGCUUAUUUUGGCGAGGAGGAGCAACAGGAGCUUAAUGAAGAUAUUCUAAAUGCCUUUGGUGGUGUUCGUCAAGAAAAGGGCAAGUCCCGGCUCACCGAUACCUCAGACGCGGAUGACCAUAUCUCACCUUUGGCGGCAUCUGUUCAGCAAUCCGAGGCAUUCGUCGACAAUCAGGAAGAGCAGUCCCAGGCCAUACCUGCCAGGAACACUCUGGAAACAACAGGCAUGGAUGACUUGUCUUCUGAUAGAGCAGCAAGCGAGAAUGGACAUGAUCGCCAUGCUUCUCAAGAUGAUCAUCAAGCGAACGUUCAAUUCAGCUCUUCCGCGCAAGAAAAUACCACCGGCCACGUUACACAUGAUGUGAAUGCGCAGAUUGCGGCGCCCGGCGAGCCUGCCGCAGGAAAUGGGAAUCGAGAAACGCCUCCUGGUGGGCCUGAAGAGAAUGCUCUUAAUCGCCGUGAUGGACUUGUUGAGAGGCUAAUAGAUGGUCUCUGGGGUGGAGUUCCAAUCGAAAAUGCUCGCCAGGAAGCCCCUCGUGGCGAUGAUGAGCACGUUGUAGAGAAUAUCGAAAAUGAAGCUCCGUUCGUACCAGUGGAUCGGGCUCAAGGCCCCGUGGGCGAGGAGGAAAACGCAGACGCAGAUGCCAAUCUGGAUCCCAAUGACAUUCAAGCUGUGGAGGAGGCUGAUGACUUUGACGGAUUAUUGGAGCUCAUUGGUAUUCAGGGACCUCUAGUUGUUCUCUUCCAGAACGCACUUUUCAGCGCCGUCUUCAUCUCUGCGACGGUUGGAGGCGGCGUGUGGUUGCCGUAUAUCUGGGGCAAAAUUGUGCUCUUCCUGCUAGGAAAUCCCAUUUCUGUGCUCUUCAAACUCCCAUUGCAGUUGAUUCUCUUCUCAGCAGACCUAGUGGCCGACCUGUUCCUUUUCAUUGGCGGCAGUUUUGUCUACUGGACCACUGCAGCUUCCCGCUUCGCUUUGCUGCCACUGACACUCGUUUUCCCUUUUAUUUCUCGUUUGACACAAAAUACAAAGGUCGCGACUGUCUCAAGAUCAAUUGCCGAAGGCGGCCUCGAACGGAUGGCAAAAAUGGCUGCAGAUGCCAGUGUUGGGUUCUCCGAAAACGAUUUUCCUGCAUUCUCUGUCCUAUCUCACGAAGCGUUGUUGUCACUAAAAGCCAACGUUACUGGGGCAUUCUACCUCUCUUAUCAACUCCUCUUGUCCAUUCUCCAAGGCUUGCUGGCCCCCGCACAGUUGAUCUCUUCCAAAGCCCCCGACAGCUCCGUGGCUGCUGGUUUGGAGACAAACCUUCGGUUCUACGUUGAAGAGGCUGCGCGUCUACUAUCCUCUAUUCCGACACUCUUCACUUCUAACGUAUUCAAGGUCACUCUCGAAGUUGGUAACCCAGAAAAGCCUUUUGACCCCGAACUAGCGUACUGGAAUGCCAAGGAUAGGGUCAUUGCAAUCUUUGCUGGUUACAUGUUCUUCUUCGUCGUGGGUGCCUUGUAUCUACGGAGAGGCAAACCAUUCUCCACCUCAGAGCAAGGCCGGAAGUUUGAGCAGGUGCUUUGCGAGAUCCUGGCCCAGGCCGGAGGCAUCAUGAAGGUAAUCUUGAUUAUCAGCAUCGAGAUGAUUCUUUUCCCGCUAUAUUGCGGCAUGCUCCUUGACAUUGCACUUCUUCCCUUGUUCGAAACUGCUACGUUGGCCUCUCGUUUAGAAUUUGCGAUGAAUUCCCCAUGGACUUCUGGAUUUGUUCAUUGGUUUCUCGGUACCUGCUACAUGUUUCACUUUGCAUUAUUCGUUUCCAUGUGCCGAAAGAUUAUGCGAAGCGGAGUCCUUUACUUUAUUCGUGAUCCAGACGAUCCGACGUUCCAUCCUGUUCGAGAUGUGCUCGAACGAAAUGUUUCAACGCAGUUACGCAAGAUUGCAUUCAGUGCAUUAGUCUACGGCGCUCUGGUGAUUGUUUGCCUUGGUGGAAUCGUUUGGUCUUUGUAUGCUGCAUUUGACGGCAUUCUUCCCAUAUACUGGUCUUCAAGCGAGCCGGUACUCGAGUUCCCGGUUGAUUUACUUUUCUAUAAUUUCUUAAUGCCCUUGGCCGUCGGCUUUUUCAGACCUUCCGACGGGCUGAAUCGGCUUUAUAGUUGGUGGUUUCGAAAAUGCGCAAGACUCUUGCGCCUGACCCAAUUCUUCUUCAAUGAGCGACGGAGAGACGAGGAAGGUCGGCGUGGCCUGAGUUGGUGGGCCGACAUAUUCUCUAGGCGGAACGAUGCAGAACCCACGCCUGGCGACGAGAGGGACAAGGCUUCUGGAGAAGAUGAGAGAGCCCCGGAAAGUCAACGCCAGCCGACCGGCCUUAUCCGUGACGGCCGAUAUGUUCGUGCACCAGCAUCAGACCAAGUCAGAAUACCAAAGGGCAACCCGGUAUUCCUUGAGGUCAAUGAAAACAAUGAGCGAGUCGACGGAUUACCAGAUCCCGAUGACGGUUUGCAUGGGAAGAACACUGGUCUUUUCACCCAGGUCUACAUUCCUCCGUGGUUUCGAAUUCGAAUUGCCGCCUUCCUUUUGUUGCUCUGGUCGUUCGCUGCUGUCACUGGGGUCGGAGUUACCGUCAUACCCCUUGUCGUCGGUCGCAUGAUAUUUGGGCUGAUGGUUCCCGGCCAUCGACGUAUGAACGACAUCUACGCAUUCUCGCUUGGAAUUUACGUCGUAGGUGGCAUAAUGUACGGUGUACUGCACUAUAAGUCAACCAUCGAUGCGAUCAAGCGUUCUAUUUCCCUUCAGUCUGAGUCUGCUCAGGCAAUUUCCCCCAGGCUCCAGGCAUACAUUAUGCGCCUUGCACGCAUCGCAUAUACGUACACCGCAUUUGGCUUGGUACUUCCCAGCCUUUUCGCCCUGCUCAUGGAGUUCUACAUCAUUGUCCCGCUGCACACCUAUUUGGCAAGCGACGAGGUGCAUGUAAUCCAUUUUAUGCAGGACUGGACGCUCGGGGUCCUCUAUGUCAAAAUCAGCGGUCGUCUCAUUCUAUGGUAUUCCCAGUCUCGUCCGGCUGCCGCGCUGCGGGCCAUUGUGCGUCGUGGUUGGCUCGAUCCUGACGCCAGUAUCGCCACCCGCUGCUUUAUUCUUCCAGCCGUGGUGGUCAUGAAUGCCGCUCUCUUUUUGCCGCUCCCGCUUGGUUACCUUGCAAAUCGCAUGCUCUUCCACGACGCCGAUCAGGCCAUCCAAAGUCAGGUCUAUCGGUACAGUUAUCCUGCUGUUCUCUUCCUCUGUCUCUGGGUCGUCUGCGGCUAUGCACUUGGACAUCUGGUCAAGGGCUGGAGGCAGCGUAUCAAGGACGACGUUUACCUGAUUGGGGAGAGAUUGCACAACUUUGGGGAGCGCAGAGGUCCGCUUGCGACACCGGGCGCGAGAGUCCAAACGUGA